AUGUCGGGUGGCACGGCGGGCGGCGUCCGCGGCACCGGCGCCGAGUGCAGGAAGUUUGCACCGAACAUAUUUAACAAGAGCAAGUGCAGCAGCUGCUUCAAGCAGAAGGAGGAGCACAGCGCGGAGGCUCUGGAAUGCAACAGGGCUACAAGAAAGAUUUCCAAAUGCGGAUACCUGUUCGUCGCGCCUGGCUGGGAUUUUUCAAACCCCCUGAACCGGACGAAGAGAUGGCAGAGGAGGUGGUUUGUUCUCUACGACGACGGGGAGCUGACGUACUCAGUGGACGAACACCCCGAAACGGUGCCUCAGGCGAGAAUCGAUAUGACCCGCGUCCUGGAGGUAGCCGCGGCCGAGGACGUCACCGGACAUCCCAACAGCCUCGCCGUGACCUCGCCGGAGGGUGUGACCUUCGUCAAAGGAACGUGUCGGGAGGAGACCAGAUGGUGGACGGAUGUUCUCCAGGUGUAUUCACGGAAUAAGGGUCGGCACAAGCGAAACGCGACCUUUCCCGGCGGACAGACGACGAUUCUGCAGGUUACGCCGACGAUCCGAAGUAACACGCCGAACCCUCCGCGACCGCGUUUCAAUAGCUGUCGAUCGGAACCGCGCAGCAGUCCGUGGAUUCCGGAAGCCGGCGGCGGAACGUCCGAUCUCUGCUCGUCUGUCUUCUCGUCAACGCCGUCAUUAGUGACAACCAGCGUUGUUACGACCACCAGCAGCAGCUCUGUGCUGACCAACGGCAAUACGGACAGCAUCGCCGAAAGCAGAAACAGUUUGCCGCCUUUGCGUACCGGAGCUCCUUUGGAGAAUGGUUCCACCGGAAGCUACCUGACUACCGUGACGACGACGUCGUUAAACGGCACUAUUGGCAACACGCUCUACUCGACGGCCUCGACGACAACGACCGUCUCGACGACAACGUCGACGACGACGACAACGACGACGACGAGCAGCGUCGUCUCGCUGACAGAGAAGCCGCCGAUGGUCCCCAAUGACGGCACGAGAUCGACGAGUUAUCGGGACCAACCUGCUAGCAGCGCGUCACCGCCGACCCGGGACAAGUUACGCGCCGAGGACAAGGCCAGACGCAGAAUGAAUCAGCAGGGCGAACGGACCGGCGGCAUUAUCGGCGAUACGAGCGGUGCAGCCUCCGACGAGAAACUAGAUGACGACGCAUGUCGGAGGAUACUUUUGGAGCACGAACGAGAAAGAGAGGGUAAGCUACGAGAUAUAGCGGCUUCGUUAACGCAACCGCGAGUGAGAAGAAUCAAGUCGAGAACUUCGGAGCCAACUAGGGAUGUUGUGGACACGUCUCAUCAAGAUAAGCUAAUCAGAGGCGAUCCCGACGGUUGCGGCCUAGAUAUUACCGGUAUCAGAUAUUCACCCACUUCCGAGUUGCGAGUAGAUCUGCCGGCGGAGGAUUUGCUGAACAUCAAGAAAGGCUGGCUGAUGAAACAGGGAUUGAAUAAGGAGUGGAAUAAGCACUGGUUUGUUCUGAGAGGCUGCGGAUUGAUGUACUACAGGGAUCCCUGCGCGGAGGACAAGGGCAUCAUGGACGGCGUUAUAGAUCUCAACACCGUCACUGCUGUCACGCCGCUUCAGGUCGCGAGAAAUUACGGAUUCCAGACCGUCGCUUGGGACGACCGAGGCAACACAGUACUGUCCGCGGUAACCGCCGGCAUCAGAUCUAGUUGGAUGUCGGCUAUCAGAAGAGCGGCCAAUCUGCCCGAUCCUGAUAGCAACGUGGAUUCUCUUACAGUUUGUUCGGAUGUUCAACAAGAGACAACACCACAGUCGCCUACUACAUCUAUCACAGAUCGCGAAAGAGAUUCUGUUGUUCCCUCGACGUCCAUCACACCCAGAUCAGUUUUGUUCUCGUCCGACGAAGAGUACAGAACCGCGUCUGAGGGUGGGCGAAGAGAGUCCGGGGAUUGGUCAGAGAUGCCGGUGUCACCACCGCUUGUGAGAAAUGGCGAUUGGCCGAUCGCGUUAAAGGGUUCUAGCUGGUCGGAUUCAGCGAAUCACGAAUGGUCGGAACUACCGCCAUCGCCACCGUUAACGAGGACUGCACUAUCCAGGGUGAAGGCUCGAUCUAGAUCGAGUUCAAGAUCGAGGGUCUAUAAGAGAAGCCGAAGCUCGCCUCCGAGCUCGCGUAGAAGCACUCUGGACAGUGUCAGAUCGGAGGAUUUGAUGAUGGCCUGCUGCGAACUCGGCGAAGACGAGGAACAGAGCAACGGCCACCUCCAGAGUAACAGCUGUCUCUCUAGUGCCAACGAAAGUCCACUAAUCGUCGAACUUCUGGAGAAUCAAGUGUCGCUGCUGCGCGAUCAACUCGAUCAGAAUCAGUCUCAUCCGAGUACGCUACUAGUCAUUAUUGAGCGUCAGGAAAACGAGAUCGAAAACUUGAAGUCUCAGCUAAACGCGGCGCGAACGGAUAUCACAAACGCGGAGAAGGAGCUGUCUAGGCUUAGACAGCAAAAAGCAGAAGCGUCUAUCAGAGAGAAACAAGUAGAAGAGCUAUUGAACACGAUACAGAGGACAGAACAACAGAGGAAUAAGGAUCUGGACGACUUGGAAAAAAUGAAGAAAAUGUAUAACAGGGACAAGGAAGUCUUAGAAUGCAAAUUGCUGGAAACAGAGGCUAUUCUGAGAGAAACAACAGAAAGAUGCGAGAUGCUUACGAACGAAUUGACGUCGAGUCACAGAACGAUUGAGCAUCUACAAGCGGAGAUGGCAGCUCUCAAUAACAGAUUGUCGCAAGGUAUUGAGGAAAAUGAUAAGCUUUAUGCUAGAGUACGGGAAUUAGAAGAGAAAAAUGGAUUUUCCACUUCAAGGGAACGCAGAAGAAGCUUUGAUUCGCUUAGUGACUUGACUAACAUCGAGUUAGAUUUAGAUUUGACUGCAUUAGACAAAGAAAGGAUCAUGGAAGAGUAUGACGAAUUACGAAAUCGUUUUGAGAAAGCCGUUAUGGAGAUUCGAGCUAUGAGGAAGGAGUUACGAGAAGCUCAUGCUACGCAGGAUAUUUUGGAAUUAGAAAUCUUUGCUCAUAAACAGAAUGAAGCUAGCAUUAGCGAGACUAAUCAAGCUCAAACUCAAUUAAUGGCAGCGAGGAUUCAAGACUUGACCAACAAGUUAGCUGCUGGUGAAAAGCAAAUUAGAACAAUGAAGCAGAAACUAACAAAAGCUGAAACCAGAGACAAGAGAAGGUCACUUUCUCUCAAAGGAAGAGAAUCUUUCCAGAUUUCUCAAGAAGUAGAGGACAAACUGUUGGAUCUGGAAAACAAGAUCUGUGCCUUAGAGAAAGGCAAGAGCAUAAGUGCCCCCGUUUCAGCAGGCAGCAGCUCAAAAGAAUCGAGUCCUAAUUUGAAAAAGGAGAAAAGAAGAGACAGCAAAAAUUUAGAUAGGAACAGACUGCGAAGAAAGUCAUUAGACAGCGCAACAAGCUCCGAACCAAUGAAAAUGUUGAUUAGAUUAAGUACUUUAGAAACAAAAGUGACAAACGUUGCAGAAACCAUGAUUAGCGAUGCGGAAAAGGAUUCGAGUGAAUGUAGCGAAGUUAGCGGGUCAUCCGAGGUAUCAUUGGAGAUAAUGGCAAGGCUGAAGAAACUAGAAAGAGUGGUGUCAAAGUCGAAGCGACGAUUGGAAAAGUGUCUCGGCUCGACGCAAGCUGAAGACAAGGCCGAGAAAUGCUUGCGCGAGGUGAACGAGAUAUUGGACUCGUGCUUAGAAUGUAAAAAGAACCAGGCUGGCGCUCAAAUCAUCGAGUCAGUAGGAGUAGUGGUAUCUAGGUUAGAAACUAUACUUAAGGACAAAUUAAGCGAACUCACGAAGAGACGGCAGAUACUGGCGGAGGAAGGUCGGCUUGAUGAGAGAGAAAAGAUGAAACUCAUCGCCGAGAGGAUCGCCUUCGAAUCCGUGAUUCUGCGGCAGAUAAAGUGCGCGUUGAAUCGCACAACGGACAGAAGUGCCGUUCUGAGUGAAAUAGUUGAAACUAGUCAGCUUGCCUCAAGCUUAAAGCGUAAGAUUCACGGAACUAAGCCCAAAACAUACCAAAAUUCGAAUUAUAUUCAGUAUCUCACUAAGGUGUUAGCGAAUAAGUUAGUACUGGUAGGACACGCUUCUGCGGCGACGGAAACGUCGAAGGAAGUUAACGCGGCUCGCAAUGAGACUCUAAACUUCCUGCUGCAGAAGCAGUGCGAGAUCAACGAGAUUAUGCGGAAAUACAAGGACACGAAGUUACGACAGCUCGCGGAAGCUCUAGCCGCCGAGACAUUGAGUCUGUCCGAUCAGGAAGAUCUCACGGGCAAACAGAUAAGCGGUUCAAACAGAAAAUUGCUCGAGGACAGACGUAUUCGCGAAGCAUGGGCUUUAGCGCAAGAGACUGUGAGCAAAGAACUCGUGCAAGCCGAGGUGUCACACGUUAUCAUGCGUUAUGGUCAGUUGUAUGAGCAAAAUGUCACGUCAAUCAUGGACACUUGUCUCAGCUUUGACAGUGCGGAUAAUGUCAGGUUGGAAUCGUGGAUAGAUGCGACGCAGGCGCGUUUGCGUCAAGAAAUGGAAAUUUGCAUAAACGAGUUGUCGGAAGCUUACGAGAAAUGCUUGCGUACAAUGAAAAAACACAAAUUGACGACGAUGGACGUACACCACGAAUCUCGUCAAUUACUGACGGAAUACGCCGACGUGAUUGCGCACAAAGCUUUAUUAGACUCGAGAAUUGCUCUUCUACAGGAAACCUCACGUCAAUCGGGUACAACAUACUCUGGCGAGACUUUCGUAUCUAGUCUUAUCCGAAAUGAGGAAAUCCUUUCCUGUUUGACGAACGACGAAGGAUGCGACUUCCAAAGAAAUCCGAUUCUCGACGCGGAGUAUAGUUACCUUUAUCAACGAUUAACAAAGGAAUGUGAAGACAUAAUAUCCGGAAAACGAGAAUCAAAAGAACAACUUAAGAACGUCAGUCAGUCGUUGUUUUACUUGGAAGAAGAUUUAGCUGAACUCGGCAAGUCUAUGAAAGAGAAAGCGGGUUUAAAUAUUGACAAUCUUAUUUGGCCAAAGUCGAGCAGCAUCACAGAUUGGUCCAGUGUGUGCGAAAAGUGCUUGCAUUUGAGAGAACAAAUAAGAAAACUUAAAGAUCAUAUGAACACAAUGUCGUGUCAGACAUGCACUCAAUUGCAAGAAACUAUUCAGAAGAUAACUACCGAGCAUAAUCAGGAAUUGGAAACGCUUAAGCGCAAUCAGGAGAAAGAUUUGAUGGACAUUAAAGGCGAAUUGGACAGUCAGCGUCAAUCUCUGACGACGCAGUAUGAGCAGGAAGCAGCUAGCCUACGCGAGAGAGCCAGAAAACUGGAGCAUCGUCUCAACACGAUGGAUUCCGAGCAUUCGGCUCACGUAAACGAAUUGAGAGCCGCCUAUCAGCGGUCGAUGAGCGCCGAAUUGGAUACCGACGCCGAAACACGAAAGCGAUAUAAAGAAGAGAUCAAGCAGCUACGUGCUUUAUGUGAAAAGGGUUUAUUGGCUAUGGAGAACUCGCACAGACGCAUUAUCGCCGAAAUGGAAGAGAAACAUCGGCAAGAACUGGAAAAUUUACGAGUGGAAAAGGAGCAGGCGCUUUCAGAAGAAACGCAGGCGACUCUGGCUGCAUUGGAUGCCAUGAGAAAAGCGCACGAACACGAAGUACAAAAGGAAAUUGCUAAAUUCAAGCAAGAGUUUAUCAAGCAAAUGCAAGCGCGCGAAGACAUCGGAGUAUUACACAAGGAACACGAGGAAGAAAUGGAAGAGAUAAAGCAAGAGAUCCUUUCUUUGUCCGCGAAAUAUUCAUCGAAGUGCGUGGAAUCAGCCGCGUUAGAAGAAAAAGUGGGCAACUUAUCCAAACAACUCGCUCAGGCGCAGCAGCACAUUAUGCAAUUGGACGCGAGAAACAAGCAGUUGAGAGCUCAUUUGAUGUUAGAAACAAACGACAGUAGUAUCAACGAUACUAUACAAAUUUUGAGGGGAAGGGACAACGAGCUCGCUGAACCGAGAGAAGAGAUACAUCGACUGCAACAACAGUACAAGCAUGGGGACACUCCUCGUGAAUCGUCCGGUGUGCCGUCGAAAACCUCGUCGCUAGACUACUCGCCCGCCUACGCGCCGCAGCGUCUCAGAGGUAGCCAAAGUAGCGGUGAGCAGAAAUUAACGUGCGAGCGGAACCCGAAAGGGACGCAUUCUGGCACGUUUCAAAAGUCGGCAGAUCGGCCUCACAGCGCAUUUUCGUACAACCUCGAGCGUGUAAAAUCCGUUUCGUUGCCGUAUUCAAAUAGUCUGACUAGGCCGGCGAGUAGCGCCGGCGUUGCCAGCUCUCACGUUGAGGGAAAAGAAUUGCCGGCAAGCUUAGAGCAAAAGGGUCAGGAGCGUAAUGGCAGUCUGGGUUCGCCGUUAUGGGACAGCUUAAGACCGAGGAGCGGCCUGCCUCAUCAGUAUCAAGGUGGCACAACAACAGAGAUGCGAGUCGGCGGUGGCGCUGGCGCCCAACGGUGGCAGGAGAGCAAACAGAAUGAAAAGCAACAGUUCCAGGAGACAUACGCCCUCCGUGCCGACGCUCGUCACACAUCCCGCCUCACCCCGGAACCCUCAGCUCUCUCCGUUGCAGAGUUGAUGAGGUCUCCAACAGUGAGGUGGUCCAGCAGAAGUUGUCGCAGCCUGCCUCCGACACCCACACCAAGUUAUCAUCAUCCACUUCAUCCUCCUUUACCUGUCGUGGGUAUGGUCGCUGAAAGGAAGAAGCGCUUCGAACUCUAAAAUCUUGUUCUUCCUUUUUUUUAUGUAACUUGAAAUGAUUCAUACAAAAUCGGGUAUAUGUGCAUACAGGAAUAGUUUGUAAUCAUGAUUGACCUUAAUAAUUGAAAGAAGAGAACAUUUACAGAAUCCAGACAAUAAUAUGUCAAUAUUAUUAUAAAAAGAAGACACUACGUAUACAAUUCUGAUAUGCGCUAUUCCGCUCUGAAGUUGUAAGACUGAAAGCGUUUUGAUAUUGCGCCAUCCAUGGACCAAUAAAUUAUAUUUAAAACGCUACGCGAUUAACGGAUUGAACAGUAUCGUAUUUGCGACUCGUAAACGAGCGAGUCGCAGCUCAACACUGCCAUACGAAAAUCAUGUGAGGCUUGGAUGAUUUUUGGCGGACCAAAGUUGACUUGUCUUGAUUGCGCUCAUCGUGAAUAUUGAACAUGUUUAUCAGGUAAACAUGAUUCAAUAGCCGAAAUGAGUUGCUAGAGGUCGGUUUGCGCAAUCCUUCCUCUGUUUUCUUCACGAAUACGCGUAACAUCGAGAGAGUUCAUCGUGGAUCUUAUCAAUCGCGAUAGAUCGUUUUUUACAUACCUUUUCUCGAUAAAUUUUGCUAAGCAUAUUUACCUAUGCCAUGCCAUUUACGGGCAGAUGUUUGAUAUAUGGCAUUUAAAAAAACUUUGAUAAGAACAUUUUUUACCGUAGAUUUGCAGGACUAGAUCUUUGCUACGAAUAUCCUUCCGCGAAUAUCCAUUUUGAAAUGCAUAUUUUAUGGGGGCAUUACUUAUCACAAAACUCUUUACGAUAUUUAUUUCUUUGUGGUGCUAAAAACAAAAUAGGAGUGUCAAGGAGACUCGUGAUAUCCUGUCGUAAUAUAACGUAGAGUUCAUGCUUUUUGACGAAAAAGUAUGAAAGACCAAAAAAAAAAAAUGGAUUAAAUUCUCGCAAGUUUUACAAAAAACUUUACACGAAGCAUAUACACAUAUAAGUAAUACUUGAUCGUAUCGAUGUAAAUCAUGUAUUAAUGUUUAAAUGUGAAUAUAUCUACCUAAAUGUUUAGCGUUAUCAAAUCUGUAUUUGUUGAAUAUGCUCGCUGAGACUUGACGGAAAAAAGUUCAAUUUUCGAACUGUUGAUUACACUUGAGUAUGUUGUCUGUUUGUUUAGGUCAUGUAAUUCCGAUAAUAUUAAAGAGAAGAUAUUUUUCAGACAGGUCUCAACAGAAUAUGUAAAAAAAAGAGAUUUUUAAUUUGUGUUAAUUUGUUAUUCGAGAACACGAAAAAAUCGUUUUACGCUUGUUUCUCGCUCUUGUUAUGUAUAGAUUUUGCACACAAUACGACACGUUAUCGUAUUGCACUGUGUAUUACCGCAUUUUCUCAUUAUGUAAAUGUUUUUCCGAUUGCGAUCAUUUGAUGUUAAUAUUGUAUAGUUUAUGACGUUUUAUUAAGACGUAAGAGAAGUAUAUAUAUAUGAAAAAAUAAAUAAUUAAUUAAUCCUCCGUUUUAUCCCUCCCUUUCUUAUUGUAUAGAUUGUUUAUAUAUAUUAUUGUAUUCUAUAUAUCAUAUUAUAUAUAUAUAUAUAUUAUUGCGAUUCGUUUCACUCUGAUUCGUUCGAUAUAGUUAAAACCAUAGAGGAUAUUAAAAAACACUUUACUGAUUGCCUCUUAUGUAGAAUAAUUACUCAGGAUUGUUUUACAUUUAUAUAUAAUAUAAUAUAAUUUGUGCUAUUUGUAUUUGUAUGA